CUCUUCGGUUAAUUCUCGAAUAUAAAGCUGUUUCACUAACAACCUCUAACAACCUCUAGACUGGCAAGGCUCUGCAGUACUAGCCCGGCUGAAUAGGCCGUUGCACAGUCUAGAAAUGCUUGCUAACCUGAAGCAUCGUUAAUCGCGACAAGUUCGGUUAAGUAUCGCCUUACUGUCGUAGAUAAAUAAAUAGAAAUCUGAUACGAUACCUGAACUUCUCACUUCGCCUCUUGUCUUGAACCAAUAAUGUCUACCUUUGGAUCCCUUUUCCGUGUAACUACCUAUGGUGAGAGCCAUUGCGCCUCUGUAGGUGCAAUCAUCGAUGGAUGUCCUCCUGGACUGGAGCUUACUCCACAAGACAUUCAGGUGCAGCUAAGUCGCAGAAGACCAGGACAGAGCAAUCUUACCACACCUAGAGAUGAGAAAGACCUUGUGCAUGUGCAAUCUGGCAUCGAGCAAGGUGUCACCCUUGGAACACCUAUAGGCCUCCUGGUAAAGAACGAGGAUCAACGUCCGAAAGAUUAUUCUGAGACAGAUUUGUACCCUCGUCCGAGUCACGCAGACUACACCUACCUUGAAAAGUAUGGUGUGAAGGCCAGCAGUGGAGGCGGACGUAGCAGUGCACGAGAAACUAUUGGUCGUGUUGCAGCGGGUGCGAUUGCCGAAAAAUACCUCAAACAGGUGUUUGGCAUUGAAAUCGUCGCCUUUGUCAGUUCAGUUGGCAAGAUCCACCUGCCAUCCAAUGUGGCACCACCGUCCCUCACAGCAGUGGACGAGGACAACGAUGACAUAGCAGACGCGUUAACACCUGAGUUUAGACAGUUACUGGCCACGAUUACCCGGGAGGAGGUUGACAAGCAUCCCACACGCUGCCCUCAUCCAGAAACUGCAGAACGGAUGACGAAGCGCAUCAUCCGCGCUAAAGACUCUAUGGACUCUAUUGGCGGGACAGUGACGUGCGUCAUUCGUAAUGUCCCGUCAGGUCUUGGAGAGCCGGUUUUCGACAAGUUCGAAGCGAAACUUGCGCAAGCCAUGAUGUCGAUUCCUGCCACGAAAGCUUUCGAGGUCGGCUCUGGCUUCAGAGGAACAGAGGUUCCCGGAAGCAAGCACAACGACGCCUUUAUCUUGAAAGACGGUAAACUCGGCACCACCACCAACUGGAGUGGUGGUAUCCAAGGAGGCAUCACCAAUGGUGAAGACAUCUACUUCAGGAUUGGAUUUAAGUCACCUGCAACCAUAUCGCAAGCACAACGCACCGCGCAGUACGAUGGUACACCAGGAACACUCGCCGCUCGCGGGCGUCACGACCCUUGUGUUGUCCCUCGUGCUGUUCCCAUCGUGGAGGCCAUGGCAGCCAUUGUCGUCAUGGACCAGCUGCUCAUUCAAAACGCACGCAAGACCGCCACUGGGCUGCUCCCUCCUAUCACAACGCUCCCACCCACCAUGGUGAUGCCAUCGCAUUGAUAAUAGAAUGAAGAUCUCGAUAGAGUAUAUAGACCUUCAACAAGGAUGUAUUGGGUAUGACGUGAUGCUAAUAUACAAAUGUAGUCUGAACAAG